AUGCGACAAUCAUCUCUCACACUGGCAGCCUUGGCGGCUCGCCUCGCCUCUGCGGACGUCCAGCUCCUCACCAGCGUCGAACAGUUCAACAGCCUCGACGAGGAACACCACGGCUUUCCCCAACAGACCUUCCGCUCCUCGUCCAUCAUCGCACCCGUGUUCCAGGUCAACGCGUGGGACCAGAGCCUGACCGAGGACUCGCCGCCCUACAUCUUCAUCGGCUCCGUCUACGGACACGAGGGCGCCGGCCCCAUGAUCCUCGACGGCAAGGACCUCAGCCUAGUCUACGCCGACCAGCAGUAUCGCAACGCCUACCACUCGCAGGCACAGACGAUCAACGGCACGCAGUACCUGACCUUUUGGGAGGGCUCCCACUCGCGUGGCCACGCUAAUGGCUACUGCCAUGUCGUGGACGAGCAGUACAACCUCAAGUACAACGUCACCGCCGUCGGGCUCGAUGGCGCCCUGGCCGACAUGCACGAGAUGCAGAUCACGCACGACGAUACCGUCAUCUUCACCACGUACUUGAACAUCCCCUGGAACUGCACGCAGUGGGGUGGCUCCGAGGACGGUCUGCUCAUGGACUCGGGCUUCCAGGAGGUCGAUCCCGCGACCAACGAGCUGCUGUUCGACUGGUCCGCCUCACACUGGUUUGAUGUCAACGACACGCACGCCAGGUAUUCCCCUGGCUUUGGCGUGACCGACACCUCUGGGCUGGAUUUCUUUCAUAUCAACUCGGUGCAAAAGACGCGAGCAGGUGACUACCUCGUCUCCAGCCGCCACCUCGGCCUCCUCACCCUCAUCUCCCACGACGACGGCCGGCCCCUCUGGACCCUGGGCGGCGACCACAGCCAGUUCGAGGACCUGAGCGACGGCCGAGCGACAGACUUCACCUGGCAGCACGACGCCCGCUUCAUCGACGCCGACGAGACCACCAUCACCAUGUUCGACAACCACGGCGAGCACACGGGCGCAUGCGGCGACACGCCCUGCCUCUCGCGCGGUCUCGAGAUCAAGAUCGACACCGUCGCCAUGACGGCCGAGCUCGUGCACGAGUACUUUCACCCCCAGCACGUCGACGCCGGCGCCAUGGGCGGCGUCCAGAAGCUGCCCAACGGCAACGUCAUGACCGCCUGGGGUUGGUCCCCCGGCUUCGUCGAGUACACCGCCGACGGCCGCGUCGCCAUGGACGUCCAGCGCGGCCGUCUGGGCGUCGACAACACCCCUGACAUGUUCGCCUACCGCGUCACGCGCGGCCACUGGACCGGACGCCCGACGUGGCCCCCCAGCAUAGGCGUGGACGUCACGCCACUCGGGACCGCGGCGAAUGCGACCGUGUACCUCUCGUGGAACGGUGCGACGGACGUUGCCCGCUGGGGCCUUUUUGUGGGGGACGACCCGGCGACGAUUCAGGAUAUGGACAACUACCGUGGCGUCGUGGACAAGCAGGGCUUCGAGACGGUGGCGUUCCUGGGCGCGGAUGCGCGUGGACAGUACGUCGCGUGCGCUGCGCUGGACAAGGAUGACCAGGUCCUCGGGGCGUCGCUGGUCUGGGAUCUGGCCACGGGCCAGCCUGUUGUUGUACAGAGCAACAUUGCGUCUGUCAAGUCUGUCGCCCAAGCCGCCUCGGACAGCUCGUGGGGCCUGCCGAGCAUUGGUAUUUGCCUCGUUGCUGUCGCGGGGUCUUUUGUCGCUGUCGCGUGGUAUUGCUACACGCGGAGGAGACGCAGUGCGGGCGGCGACGUCCAGGGCGAGUAUAAGCCAGUCGCCUCCGACGCGUAG